AUGUGUUAUUCUUCAGAACACAGCAACUGGAUGCAGUUCGUGAGACCAGCUGAGAGCGUCAGUGCUGCCAACUGUCGCGUCGUGGAGCGUCACCCUGGCCACAUCUUCUUCAUCACCACCACGGAGCUGCCGCCCCAUACUGAGCUCAGAGUCGCAUACUCUGAGCAGUACGCCGAGCGCUACAACUUGCCUCUCCCGGGUCCAUUAGCUCCUAAUCUUCUCGUAUUUACUGGAAUGGAUAAUAAGAAAAUUUCUUCAAUUUCAUCUUCAUCUGCUAAGAGUUUUGAUGACGAGAGUGUUUCAUCAAAUGUUCAUCAACACCAUAAUCAAAUGGCUGCUCAUUCUGGUGCUUCUGCCAGAGUUGCUGCUGCUUCCAAUUCUGUUCCCACUCCAAAUUGCUCUAGUUCUAACUUGACAACAUCAAAUUUCACUAACAAUGCAUUAUUGACUGCUCCUGAACACUCUCAAGUGCAUUCACUUUUCUAUGAGGAGACUUCAUCUUCAAAUUCACAUACUGAGUCAGUGCAAAGACUGCAAGCAUCUUCUGUUGCUAAUAAUGCAGCAAGGCAGCCAGUGACUCAACAAGAGAAUUUGACUUUAAAUUCUCAUAGGAAAAAUUUAUCUGCAAUGCCAGUGCUAGAUGUGUCAUCAGCAGCAGCUAUUGCCAACCAGUUUAUAGAUACUUGGGUGUCUGAUCCCCAUGCUGCAGGUAUGUCAUUUUCAGUGAAACAUAAUGAAGCAUCUCAAUUUGGUAAUUCCAACUGUCCUAUGAAAUUGCAGUAUGCCCCAAGUAACAAAUUUAUUCAGUCUAAUUUGAGUGUUCCUGUUCAUCCUAUUGGGGCUUCAAAAAAUGAGAGCACUUCCAGUAUUUGGCAUCAAGUGAGUGAGAAAAAUUCCAGUGCUACAUUACCUACAUUGCAGAGCUUUGGUGCUUCUGUUGAUAGUGCCACCAAUCCUGAAUUGUUACAAAGGCCUUUACCCACCUCUCCCAUUUCAUCUCAUUCAGUUGUCAAUGUCUCAGAGUUCAGUAAUUCCUGCACUGAUGCUAAUCAACCCACUCAAACAGGAGACAAAUCUACUAAUCGCAAGAGCAUUAUUAAAUCCAAAAUGAUUCAGGAUGCUUUACCAAGACCAACAGGAAAUUCAAAUAUUGCUGAAUUUUCUAACAGUGUCAUAGCAUCUGCACCCUCCAUGGACUCAAUUAUUAAGUCAAUUUAUGGUAAUAAUUUCACUUCAUUCAAUAUUUCUGAAACAUCUUGUGAUAAAAAUAUUGACCAAAAUACACAGAAGCAACUAAAAGUACCGACAUCAAAUCUUCAUGCAAUAUCAGUCUCUAGAUCAAAUAAGCCAGGCAGCUCUUCAUCUGAGCCUGUAAAUCUGCAUGCUUCUUGUUCAAAUAGCAUUCAAGUACCUUACAAAAGCCCUGAAAAUUGUAGUGAAUUGAUCCUGCCUUGCACUGCUGUACCUUUUAGCACUUCAAGCUCAAGUAAAAGGUCUCAGUUGUAUGAAACAAGCAACCCUUCUACAUCAAGAUUCAUAAGCACUACAACAUCAAGCAGCAGCACCCUACUACAUAAUUCUGCAGCUGGGUCCUCCUCAGUAUCAGGAUUCUCAGCAAGAACCAAUUCAGACAAGUGUGCCCAAAUUUUACAAUUACAAAGGGAUUCUCAAGGCACUAGUUUACCUAAAGAGGCAGAAUUGCAAGUGUUUGACAAGAGAAGCUUUGGAACUGAUCCAUCUAGUCUCUCUGAACCUAUAAACACAGCUGAACCAGUUGAAAAAUUCUCUUCAUUCAGUAAUAUGAACAAGGCAAUCCCUGGCUUUUCAAUUAAAGACAAAGCAAAUGAUUUUCACUCGUAUAGUAUUGCAGGACCAUCCUCUGCCUAUCAAUCUCAUGGUUCUCAUGAAUUAGAAAAAGUUACUUGUCCAAGAUCAGGUGGUGAAAGCUCAAGAUCAACUCGUCCAAAUAUGUUGAGGCACAAUGUGUCUUGUGUUCCUCCAGCUUCCUCCAGUUCUUCAACCUCAUCAAGAUCAAUAUCUUCAUCUCUGCAUAUGGGUCCCUCAACAUCUGAAAGAUCUCGGGCAUUACACAAUGCUUCCUCUCAACCAGCAAAGCCUGACAUUCUGCAAAUAGUUCCUCCAGCUUCCUCCAGUUCUUCAACCUCAUCAAGAUCAAUAUCUUCAUCUUUGCAUAUGUGUCCCUCAACAUCCGAAAGAUCUGGGGCAUUACACAAUGCCUCCUCUCAACCAGCAAAGCCUGACAUUCUGCAAAUAGUUCCUCCAGCUUCUGAUUCUUUUCCCAAUAAUGAAGUUGAAAGCAAUGAAGCUUUUCCUGCAAUGCUCAUACAGCCUUGCAUCAGGAUUUCCUCUAACAAUGCUAUUCAUUUGAGAGCUCUUUCCUCUGAGGAUGAAUGUCUAGUGUCAUCAUCAACAGAGCAUGGGGUAGAGCCUGAUGUUGAUGCUUUAAAUGCUCACAUCACUCGCUCUCUACCUCUGUUAGAUUCAACAGUUGAUUCAACAGGAGAUCCUAUACCUUUAGACUGUCUCGACUCCCCUAAUUCAGAAUUUGCUCCAAGCCCAAGCACCAGUAAUAGUCCAGGUGCUUAUGAGCCUGAGAAUAACCUUAUACACUCUGUGCAAUACGGGUCCAGUUCAGCCAUUGCCAUGAACUCUUUGAAGAACAUUUAUCUGACACCCUUCCCUUCAAAAUCCUCUGAUUUGUAUUCCUCUUCUGAUGAAGAUGAUGAUCACAUGUCCAAGUUUUCUUCAUCUCGGCCUUUUAUGUCUUCAAUAAAUAAAUCCUCUGCUCAAAGCAGCUUGCAGUACCUGUAUGACCACAAAAAGAAUAUUGAGCCUCCAAGCACAGGCAAGUCCAUUGAACAAGUUGAAGAUGCUGAGUCUCCAGGAGUUGCAUGCUGUGAUGACAGCAUCGGAGAGAUGGCCAGCUCCUACGAGCUGGGGCUUUCAGGAGGUUUGCCGCACAGCAGCCGUGAUACGUUAACAAGAGGCAGCUCCCUCAUACACUUGCCUGACCAAAUCCUGGAACACGGCCACAAUCUCUCACAGCCUACCACUCCUGCUAUAUCAGCUUAG